AUGUAAAGUUAAAUCAAAUAGUUUCUCAAUAAGUAAUAUGUGAAAAUAAAUGAAGCUAUUUUCCUAAUCUGAAUUAGAGUCGUAUGUUUGAUUUGGAUUUCAUGAAUGAAGAAGAACUUUUCGAAUGGCUGCAUUAAAGAUUAUUAAUUUUUAUAAUUACUAAGGAUGUAUAAAUUGGAGCCAAAGCAAUAUAUCAUUGGUGCUAAAAAGGAUUUGGUAGGAGUUCAAUGUUAAUACCUAGUUUAUAGAGUCUGGAAUCCCCAUGGUGAAUUAAAUCUUAAUAGUAAUAGCGGGACUCUAAUUGAGAAUCAAUCCAAAGAUGGUUGACGAUAUAACUUAACUAAUUUAAGACAAAGAAGAUAAACAGAAAUUAAUAGAUUAACUUUCGUAGGCUUAAUAAAAGCAAGUGAACUUAGAAGUUUCUAAUGUAAAAAUAGAUAUGAAUAUAGUCACCGAGAAUUUUAAAAGCAAAACUUGAGCAAAAGGAAUCAGGACUAUUCGGUAAUAUUCUCACAGCUCUAAGAUGUUGGGAUAAGAAACAAAAAUGA